AUGGGAAUAAGAGACUUAUUUGCAGUGGGGUGUGUGUGUGUGUGUGUGUGUGUUAGCGUGCGUGCGUGCGUGCGCGUGCUGCUGUCGGGUUUAACCGCUGUGACGUCACACUCCUGUGUGUGCUUCUGGACUCGGCUGAAGAAGAUGGCGGCCUCCUCAGGAGUUAAAGUUCCACGCAAUUUUCGCUUGUUGGAGGAGCUUGAAGAGGGGCAGAAGGGCGAAGGCGAUGGCACAGUCAGCUGGGGCCUCGAGGAUGACGAAGACAUGACUCUCACACGGUGGACAGGCAUGAUCAUUGGACCAGCAAGAACCAAUUAUGAGAACAGGAUAUACAGUCUGAAAGUGGAAUGUGGAUCCAGAUACCCAGAGGCGGCCCCGACUGUUAGAUUUGUAACAAAAAUUAACAUGAAUGGGAUAAAUAGUUCCAACGGGACGGUGGAUUCACGUAGCGUACCAAUAUUAGCAAAAUGGCAGAAUUCUUAUAGCAUUAAAAUUGUUCUUCAAGAGUUAAGGCGUCUAAUGAUGGCCAAAGAAAAUAUGAAGCUUCCACAACCACCAGAAGGACAAACCUACAGCACUUAAUUGUAAUGGAUUGUUUCGACCCUCUGUCUUAAACCUUACUCUCUUAGAAAUAUUGUGUAAAAUCAUCAAGAGGCUCACUUCGCACAUCAACAAUAUCGUCUGCAAGAGCAAGAUUGGACUUUCUUAUUACAUAGCUCAUUGAAAAAGAAAAUGUCCCUGCAGUUAAGCACUGAAUAGAUAGUUUAAAAAAAGACUACGAGACCACAGUUAUCCGCCUUUAAUAAAGUUACUUUGACAAUAAUUAUGUUCGACUUGUUCCAGCUUGAGAGGGCUUGAAGAGGGAAGCAUGACGCCACGCAGAGGCUGUACCAGAUUCCCAAUAGUUUUAUGUUCAAAAGACUGAUCACUGAAGCAAACAGCAAGAUGUGUGUAUGAAGGCAUGUUCUGUAACUAAUACCUAGUCAAAGAGAAGCCACUUUUUUUAUUUCUUUUUUUUUUUUAUUUUGGGAGUUGUUAGUCAAAUUUAGCAGGUUCAUUGAAAUAUGCUGAAUAUUGAACUGUGGUUGUAGUCUAAAAGUAGUGUCACAAGGUAAGAAAGAUUUUUCAUAUAUAAAUAUAUAUGAGACACGAUACCAAUGUUUCUGUUCUGCAGCUCUUUGACAUGUAACAGACGUUGAAGCCUGUUCUCUGUUCUCAAAACCCUCGCAUUUAACUUCUAGUGAAAAUGGCAGGUGUAUGAACUUGUGAUUUUCUGAAAUUAAAAUCACUGUCUGCGAAAAAAAACAACAACAAAACAAACCAAAAUCCCAAAGUUGAAGUUUUUUUAUUUGACUCCUCGCCUGCACCUUCCUACCUACAGUUGCACGUUUUCCCACCACAAGGGGGCCUUAGCUGACAAGUUGACUUCUGUUGGCAACGAGCGAGCACGAGUCAUACAUUAUGUUGUGAGUAAGCUCUCGCUGUCCCUGUUGGGCCAUGUAAUGGAAACCAGGUUAAUGAAACUGCUGGGUGACACCACGCCACAGAUAUUUGAUAUGCGACUCGUGCUCAUUAGAAUGAUAUAAUCAAAACGCCAUUUAUUAUACACUGCAGUUCUCAUUUAGUGGCACGUUUUAUUAGACGAACAAGCCUGUUUCCUAAUGAUUGACAGCCCAUCCGAACCUCGUUGUGCUGCGCAGUAAUUCUUGUUUCGGCGUGAAACACUGCGCACAGUAGAUGGGAGUAGAUAUCCAGUGUGGUAGUGAGAAGCGAGGGUACUGUUCCCUCCUGAGAAUGUGACCUUUUGUUGCUUUUCAGCUGUUUGAUUAUUCAUAAAGUUUAAUUAACCAAAUGGACGUUUAAAGGUAAUUCACUGGAGAUGGUAUAAUUGUCCACCAUUUUAGUACAAUCAGUUUGUUUAUCUGCUUAAAUUACUUAAACAUUCAGAUGCUGACACAUCUUUGGAUUUCAUUUUUUAAACCCCUAUUUUAGCAGGAAAAUUAAACAAAACCACAUUUUUCUUCUCCAGCAAUGACAGUUGGUCUGUGAGGGAGGGUUAAUAGUGUAUUUUGGGGGGUUACAGGCAGUUUACAUUCCCAUUACCCACUGGCACACAUCUUGUUUUGGAAGGACUCAUAUUUGAUGGUCUAGCUACAAACAAUCAGUCAAAUUAUUCGAUUCAUUGCCCUCAGAGCUUGUGACAUUGACUCAAUAUUGUGAAAAACCCUUAACAAUGAAUGUUUCAUUUUGAACGUGCCCUCGUGAGCGUUUACAAAUCUGUCCUCUAGACGGUGCGACUGUGUGUAACAUCUAAAAAUGACGAACUGUUGGUGGCUUCCACAUUUGACCUGAGUGACCUCCCGGCCACAUAUCUUCCUCCCUCCCUUCGCUGCAGCCGCGGCUGACUCCUGGCAGCUCGUCUUAUCCCGGGGCCGUGAUGAGGGCACGUCUGUCGGCCACAUUGAACCCCACGCUCAGUAACACUGUCAUCGUGGCAUGGCAAGAGCUCCACGUUGGUGAUGAUUCAAAAAUUCUCAAAAGAAAAAAAAAAAAAAAA